UAAUCAAAUAACUAUUUCAAAUUAUUAACUUUUAUUAUUUGUUAUUUUGGAAAUGGCAGAAAGAAAAAGCGUUUACUUUAGAGACGGUGUAAGUAGAGUUGAUUUUGUCCUGGUUCAAAGCAAGAUAAAAUCGGAAGCUUUACGAUUGCAAAAUUAUCGAUUUAUCGCCAAUUUAAGAAAAAUGGGAUUGUUGGUUGAGCGAGAAAAAGGAGUUAAAUACGAUGAUUUUAUUUUUAUCAAAUUGCAUACACCGGAUUAUGUUUUGAAACAAAUCGCGGAUAUUCAUGGUGUUGCUUUGACUUUUGAAAAGGAUCGAACGGUUCCACAUUAUAAUAAUAAUUGGUGGAUUUUUAAAACUCCUGUUACAAGGAAGAUUAACAUGCAAGAUCCUUUAUUUAGUAGAUGCUCCGAAUCUGUAAGAGGCGAACAAAAUAGUACAUACACAUCAUCAGAAAGAAUAAUGUUAACAUAUUUCGUUUUGGUUCGAACUGAGUAUGGAUCACUUCCCGAUGAAUACGGUUUAUUAAAUUUACUUGCCCAUAAAAAUUUUGAUGAUGCUUAUCCUUUACAUGACGGUAAAUGGCAAUGGGAUAAUUACGGGCCCUUAAACGAUCGACAAAUUUUGUGUAAAUUUUGGGCAAACUGGCGUCACUUUUACAAAGACCAACCAACCCAUUUGAUCUACAAGUACUAUGGGCCGGAAAUCGCUUUUCAUUACGCUUGGUUAGGUUAUUAUACAAUAAUGUUACUUCCGUCUUUUUAG